GUCAAAUUCCCGCGCAGAUGUCAAACUUAACGUCGUCUGCUGCGUAUGGAUUUUUUUACUUGUUCAUCGUUUCCGGUCAAACGAGAAAUUGUUAACGCAACAAAUGUCAAACUUACGAAGAAAAACAAUCACAUGCUAUGAAGUAACAUGCUAUUAAACAGUACCUGUACCUUGUAGAAAUUCUAAAACAUAAAGAUGGAAAAAGAAGACAGUCAUGGACAUUCUAGGCAACAGCAAAAAUCUACAGAACACAGAACAAGGACAUCAGAAGAAGAUGCACAUAAUCUUCCAGCUGAGCAGUGCCUUGCCAAGUUGUAUGCUUGGCUUCAAGAGCCCAUGGCAGAAAAGCCAACAGCUAAAUACAUUGCUGACACUGCACAGCGGCUUGUGGCUGACCUGAAUGACAAGAGAAAUAUUGAUAGUCAGCUACUGGAGAGUUUUAGGCAGUCAUUGGAACAGGAGACCGCCCGGAUGUUGGAGACUGUACAGCAGCAGAUGUACCAGUCAUACGAGGCGCAGAGUGCCAUGGUGGACCAGAAACUGCAGGAGCUGUUUGCCUGCCUGGACACGAUAUCAGCCACUGAGGCUGAGCUAAACACAUUCAGAGGGUCACUGAAAAAUCUCUAUCAAGAGAUGCAUGCAGCGGAUUUCUCUGAGCUCUGAAAAAAAGUUUAUUUUUUGCGUGUGUAGUGUCAUCCAAAAAAGCCUGUGUAGUUUGCAGAGACGAAAAUCAAGUAUACGUGGAAAGUGUUGUCCCUGUGCUUGUGCUGACUGCACAGGCUAAUCUCAGAUGACAAUUUACACACUUUGAUUAAGUCCUGUUUAUUUCUGAGUGCUGUUCAAAUAAAUGUGCAGUUUUGUCUUAUAGAUACAGUAGCGGUUCACUUUGUUUGCUGCAAAGCCGAAAGGGUGUGUUGAAAAGAAACAAAAAAAUCCUGAAUUGCAAUCAAUUAUAGAUAUUGAAAGUAAGCUAUAGUGUCCAAGUACAUAUCCAGGCUUAGUUGUGUGGGAUGUUAUAAAGACUUACAUAUUGUUGAUUCUGAUAGUUUUACUUAUAAAGCAGGUUGAUAGCAUAUUAUAUUCAGAUAAAAUAUAACGUGAGAAUGAGUUACAUAGAAAUUGACGAUUUAAUAGAUUGUACUGUUUUUGUUCCAAAAAAUUCUCAUGACCUGUUUCAUGUUAUUUGUAGAGUGUAUUCAAUACCCUGUGUUAUUGUUUUGAAAUAAAUGUGGAUAUUGUUA